AUGGAUAAAUCGCAUGUGUGUCGGUGUUUAUUUGGUAUGCCAGACCACAACAAACUGAAGGCUGAGCUACAGGCUCAGUUGAAACAGACAAACUCUGUCUUUAAAAAUAAAUGGAAUUAUGAUGAGGAUUUAGAUCAAGUCAUGGAAGGCCGUUAUCAGUGGAGUGAAGUACCGGCGACCGAAUAUGUGCCGGAAUUUUACCGGAAAGGAUAUCGCAAGACCAAGUUCAGAUCUCGGCUGGAUAUUGAGCCGAAAUCCAGGAUUGCUUUGAACUUUGACAAUGUGCCGAACAAAGUUACCAAUAGCAGAAUACCAGUGAUAACAUCACCGUCUGCGUCAGAAGAAAAAGCGGAGUCUAUGGACCUUCAGCGUGAAAAUGAAACGACGCCAGAAGCCCGCGUCGUUCGUCAAACAAAAAUUGACGAGUUCAUGAAGGUCAAGAAACGCCGUCUUGACCACUCGGACUCCGACAGUGAUACUGACCUGCCUCCGUCAAAACGUCGCGGCCUCAGACAUUAG